GCACAUGAGCUGUUUACUUAUUACCGCAGACUCGAAGCAAAGCUCGUCUCCCCAGUAUUUGGCAAUUCGCUAUCACUUGUUUACGCUUAUGGCGCUACUGAAUUAAUAAAGUUGUAAUAAUGUUUAGUUAAAAAAAAAUUGCAAAUGAAUUGAUUAUAGGCCUAUGUAAUAAAAAAAUAUAAAAACAAAAACUAGAGCAGCCGGUCAACUGCAAAACGUGCGUGUUAAUUCAAAAUAAAAUCUUUAAAAAAUAGAUUGCACUAUUACAACGACGGUAGUGAGAAAUACGUUAUAAAAAGCAAAUACAAUCCACUAACGCAGCUGUUUAUUUUGCAAUAAUUAAAAAUGAGCACUAUCGUAAAUUUAGACAACGCCAAGUUGUUUGUGCCGUCCACCACCAUUGUGAUACCCAAUAGCAAUAAUAACGAUUCCACGGAUGAUCGCAUUAAUGUCAACAGCGAAGGCACCGCAAUUAUCGAAAUUGAUAACGCAAUCAGUACCGAUAACGAACGGCUCAACAAAAUGGCAAAUUUCGAAGAUAUUGUACAGAGAUGCCGCACCGCAUUCGCCAGUGGAAAAACAAAAGACGUUAAUUUCAGACGAAAACAGUUGGAGAAUCUUUUAAAAAUGUAUGAGAAUCAUGAAAAUGAAAUGAUCAACGCGCUCGAUGCGGAUUUGCGUCGCCCCAAGCAAGAAAGUUUAAUUGUUGAAACAGAAUUUCUCAAGAACGAUAUCAAACACAUUCUAUAUAAUUUAAAUGAUUGGGUAAAACCCGAAACGCCUGAAAGGUCGCUGGUGAAUUUACUGGACGAUGUACAAAUCUUUAAUGAUCCCUACGGCGUGGUUUUGGUGAUAGGGGCAUGGAAUUAUCCCUUACAAUUGCUGCUUGUGCCUGUUGCAGCUGCUAUAGCCGCGGGCAACUGUGUCGUAAUUAAGCCUAGUGAAAUUGCAACCAACUGUGCUAAAUUUGUAACAGAUAUGAUACCUAAAUAUUUGGAUAAUGAUUGCUAUCCAGUCAUUUGUGGUGGGCCUACCGAAACUGCCGAAUUGCUCAAACAACGUUUCGACUACAUUUUCUACACUGGCUCCACAAGAGUAGGUAAAAUCAUACACGCUGCUGCCAACAAGUAUUUAACGCCAGUGACUUUAGAAUUGGGUGGUAAAAGCCCCUGUUAUAUUGACAAAUCUGUUGAAUUGCGCACAGCUGUAAAACGCAUCCUAUGGGGCAAACUGAUCAAUUGCGGCCAAACAUGUAUAGCGCCCGAUUAUGUGUUGUGCUCAAAAGAAAUACAAGACAAGUUCAUUGUCGAAGCCAAAGAAGUCCUCAAAGAGUGGUAUGGCGAAGACAUUAAAAGCAGUCCAGAUCUCAGUCGUAUUAUCAAUCAUAAUAAUUUCCAACGCCUACUUGGACUGAUGAAGAGUGGCAAAGUUGCUGUCGGCGGGAAUUAUGAUGCUUCUGAACGAUUCAUUGAGCCAACAAUUCUAAUUGAUGUCAAGACUGAAGAUCCUAUUAUGCAAGAGGAAAUCUUCGGACCAAUUUUGCCAAUUUUCUCAGUGGAAAAUGCCUUCGAUGCAAUCAAAUUCAUAAACUCCAGGGAGAAGCCUUUAGUGGUCUACGUUUUCUCCAAAAAUCCAAAAGUAGUUAAAGAAUUAAGACAAAACACUACCAGCGGCGGAUUUUCCAGCAAUGAGACAUUAAUGCAUUGUGGAGUGGACACUUUGCCUUUUGGUGGCGUUGGCUCCAGCGGCAUGGGGCGCUAUCAUGGCAGAUAUGGAUUUGAAACAUUCACUCACAAGAAAUCUUGCCUUGGAAAGGAUUUGAAUCCCUUGGGUGAAAUUUUGGCGUCUGGUCGUUAUCCACCUUAUUCAGAUCGUAAAUCAUCGUUACUGGGAUUUCUGUUGCGCAAACGUCGGCCCUUCCCCAAAAUAUAUCUGUCACAUUUAUUGGCUGUUGGUCUGGGCGUUGGCCUCACAAUACUCUUUACUCACUAUAUGCAGGGCAAAUUGUUCUCACGCUAAAAUCGCUCGUUCGGAGUUCGUUCGAUGUGCAUCAAAGUGAUCACCAUUUCCCUCAUGCAAGCGUUAACGGAUUACUUAUAUAGAUACGAGUAUGGAUAUGUGUUUUAGCAGCCCGCAUCGCUUAGUGGUAGUAUCCAAAUCGUAUUUGUAAUAUACAUCUGUGCUUUUGUAUUUCUUUGGGAAGGCAACUCAGCACAAUAAUCGAUAUUUGGACCAUUUAAUUUGUUGUAUACUUUGUUAAAUGAAGAAUUAUUUUAUUAUACAUCUUACACAUUUACAUACCAUGUACACCCUGUUAUAAAAAUCAGUCCAAAUUAAUAACGAUUCAAUCAUAAAAACUAACCCCACUCGCACAUAAGGCAUUCGCAUAUAUAAAAUUUAGAAAUAAAGGUGUAACUAAUUAUAGAUUGAAAUUAAAUUUACUUUCAUUCUUAUCACUUGUCCUUUGCAGAGUGGUUACGAUAAGAAAUGAUUGUUCACUAAGAAAACAAAAACACAAAAUUAGUUAUACUGUCUAAUACAGGCCGAUGACUUUAAAUCUAUGUAUUUCUAAAAAAUGUUAUUUAAUAUGUAUUGUAAAGUUAUUUUAUAUAUAAUAAAAAGGAAUAUAAUUUGAACACA